AUGGAACCCACUUAUAGAGGCGUUCGUAAGCGCAAAUGGGGGAAAUGGGUCUCGGAAAUCCGCCAACCCGGCAAAAAAACCCGAAUCUGGCUCGGCAGUUACGACUUCCCGGCGAUGGCCGCUGCCGCAUACGACGUCGCCGCACUCCACCUCCGUGGGCGUAACGCCCAGCUCAACUUCCCCGAGCUGGCCGAGACCUUCCCCCGGCCUGAGAGUUCGAGGGCAGAGGACAUUCAGAGUGCGGCGCAGAUGGCUGCAUUGCGUAUGAGGAACCCGGUCGGGGCAGCGCCAGUUAGAGUGGGGCUGUCGGAGAGUGAGAUACAGGCGAUAAAUGAGUCGCCGUUGGAUUCGCCGAGGACAAUGUGGAUGCAGAUGGCGGCGGAGGCGGAGGCAGUUUGUUUGGAGGAAGAGCCGGGGUUUGAUGAGGGGGAGGAUAACAUCACGACCCAUCGUUCCAUUUGGGAUUCUUGAAUGUAAUUAAGUCGUCAUUGUUGGAUGAUGAAAGUCCCACGUCUGCUAA